GUAUUCUAUAAUACAUCCCAGAAUAACAUGGGUAGAUAAGACCAAGUAUGUAAACACAUAUUUAUUUGCUUGUUUCAAACAUUUUAAAGCUAAUUAAUAACAAUACAUUUUGAGUGGUUAAUAAUAAAUAAAUAUAGCAGACCAAUUCUGUACUAUUUAUUCACGUAAGCUGCAAAAUAUUCUCAAAACAAAGAUCCUAGAUUGGUCCAAAACCACAAUAGCAACUCAACAUUUAACAACCAGUAAAUCUAUGAACUUAAAUGGACUCCAGAAGAUGGUAGAGGACAGGAAGACCUGGAGGAACGUCGUCCAUGGGGUCGCGAUGGGUCGGACACGACUUCGCAAUUAACAACAACAACAACGAUGAUGAUGAUGAUCUUGUCAUUCUCUGACAUUUAUUUUUGAAAAGUAAAAAAAAAUACUAUGUAUAAUUUUGAAAGCUUCAAUGCUGUUUUAAUUGGAGAAUUGUAACUCUAGUUCAUUUCCCAUUUUUUGAACUAGUGAAAAAGCAAAGUCUCCUUCAGAUCUAAUAGUAUGAACAAGUUCUGUUGGAGCAUUCUUAAUUGUGAUUAUUUCUCAAAGUUAUAUUUGCUUUGAAAUAUAGAUGUAAAUUCUCUCAACACGAGUGGAAAGCAAAUUACAAUCCUUUUUUGAAUAAAGGGUCAGAUUAUUAAUAGUAGAAGGAGUUCAGUAAGAAGCAUAUCAUGCUGAAAGCCUGCUGUGAAGUUUGUGAAGAUUCAAGAGCACAAGACCCCCUCCCCAUUCUUCAGAUCCAGCUCACAGCAAUGCAGCGACAUCUAGUGUUUCUAUCCACGGAAAGAUUACCCGUCUAAGAAAAAAAAUUCAGUGCAAAUGUGUCUUCAUUUCAGAAACGGCAUUUCAGAAAACAAUUAAGAUGCAGUGUUCAAAUCAAUUAAUCCCUAUUAAAUAAAAUUAAAUCAUGCAACAACUUACACAGAAACAACACAAUAGUUAAAAUAAUCAAUCAUUAAUAACUACAACAAACACUUGAGGUACAGUUGUAAUAGUUUCUCCGAACUGAUCCAACUGUGUUCAGAGAUACUAGCGGUACCCCUCAUGAUUGAGAAGAUAUUCUGUAGAACGUACAUUAGUCAGCAGGCAAGAGAAUUUGGAAUUUAGGUAGUUGUCCAUGAGCGAACUCCAUUUCUUGGAAACAACAGGAAUAAAUGCCAUCUUAAUCUGACCCCAGCCACUCAUAGCUAAUCCAACGACAUUCUACUAAUCUGGCUAUUUGCUUUAUCCACUUCUCUGUCUUCUAUUUUCCCUGGUUUUCCAACCCUAAUCAUGCAAAAGAUAAUCCCCAGCCUUUCCACAAGAGGCUGAAAAGGUACUAAAUAGACAUUCUACUCAGAGGAGGGAAAAGGUGGGCAAGAUCAGCUGUAGCCAUGUGUGGGAAUUCUGGGAGUUGAAGUUCAAGAUUUCUGAGUGGACCAGCUUGAGUAAAGGUAGAUAAGAUGGGAUAGCAGGAUGAGCCACUACGCAGACACUGACUUGCUAUGUGUGUUUAACUGUGCAAAAGGUAACAAGCUGAUUUAACCAUGAAUCAUCUCCUUUCAUAUUCUCUUCUGCAUUUUCACCACGAAUAAAAUCCUAACUGGGAUGUUGUGGGAAUUCUGCACACCUCCCUUCCAUAAAUAUGGGGAAAGCAGAGGUGUUUGUGGAGUAAGUCUGCAUUCUCAGAAAGGGCAUUUAUGAUUUUAAGCAUCCUUCACCCACACCACUGCCUAAAUUUUCCACAGUGGUUCCUGAGUGCAUGUGAAAAGCCACACAUCUACCAAAGCUGUUCCCCACUUGUCCUUGGCAAAAUCCGUGUUUACUGAACUGUUACCUUCUAUUUAACGGAAUUAACAAACUCCCUAUCGGAAAAUGUAAACUCAAAACUAGUGACAAAAGCACGUCAUCCCACCGUGGUAUGGAUUGAUGCGCGCAUCUGCGUAAGCAUAACUGCAGGAAGCACAGAGCCAGCGGGGUGAAAACAUGGAAAAAGUGGGAGAAAAGAGAUACUCAAAUGGAGGAAGUUCGCAAGCACCUUUUCCGCCAGAGUUGCUUUUGAACCUCUUCCUGCCGAGGUAUGUUCACGUCUGUUGCACGGUCAGUUGUGACGUUCUUUCUCCCGUUGGAAACGUCUGAAUAUAACAAGCCCGCGCAGGUCCUGAAUUCCAAGCUACCGGUAUGCAUCAAGAAAAGUGUACGCGGCCUUUGCGGGGCGGCGGGGAGGGACGCCUGGUUGUCGGACUACUUGUUAGAGGCGGCGCGUCUGAGAGCCUGUUGCACGCAGGAUGCGCUUCGCUGUCGCCGCGGCACGUGUGAGCGGGGAGGGUUCUGCCCGCGGCCGUUGCGUGUGCGGGGCGCGUCCUUCUUUCUUCGACGGCCGCUCCGCCUGCCGGGUAUGAGAGCCGAGCCCAGGCCCCGGCGCUAGCUCCGGUCUUCCCCGAGUGCCUGAGCCUCCGUUACCAUGAGCGCGCGCUCUCCGUGCCCAGGGCAGCAGCGAGACAGGUCCCGCGGGCGGAGAUCCGUCGCCGCGAUCCAUUUCUGCGCUCUCGGGCGCGGUGCCUCUGUCGGACUCGCGCGUGAUCCCCGGCUCUUUUCCUCACCUGCUGCUCCAGUCCGGAGACCCGGAGCUGCUGCUACGACGGCGGCAAAAAUUUGUAACUGAAGCCCUAAAGUGAUGUGAAGUAAGCCGGUGAUCAAGAUGACUCUUCUCCCAGGAGAAAAUUCAGACUAUGACUACAGUGCCCUCAGCUGUGCUUCAGAUGCCUCCUUCAACCACCCUUUCUUUGCUGAAAGAGAAACUCUGAAAGGAGUCUUCUAUCAAAGAGCUAAGCGUCUCCACCCUGGCAAAGACCUCUAUGAAAGUGUUUGCCCAGAAGAAAGGAAACACCAUAUCAUCAUUAACGUGGGUGGCUUCAAAUACUUGCUCCCCUGGACCACUCUUGAUGAGUUCCCCAUGACUCGCUUGGGACAGCUAAAAUUCUGCAACAAUUUUGACGAUAUCCUCAAUAUUUGUGACGAUUAUGAUGUGACUUGCAACGAGUUCUUCUUUGAUCGCAACCCAGGAGCAUUUAGGACCAUCUUGACUUUUCUGCAGGCAGGGAAGCUCCGACUUUUGAGGGAGAUGUGCGCCCUCUCCUUCCAGGAAGAGUUGCUUUACUGGGGCAUUGAGGAGAACAGCCUAGAGUGGUGCUGCAAGAGAAGAUACCUCCAGAAGAUGGAGGAAUUUGCAGAAAUGAACGAACCAGAGGACGAGUUCACUGAUUGCGAAAACCCUUCUGAAGCAGCAGAGCCAAAAACCAGCCGGUGCAUGAAAAAGUUACAGGACAUGGUGGAGAAGCCUCAGUCAGGUAUCCCAGGGAAAGUGUUUGCCUGUUUAUCGGUCCUCUUUGUAACAGUCACAGCAGUUAAUCUGUCUAUCAGCACCAUGCCUGGGUUACGAGAAGAAGAGGAACGCAUUUCUCUCUUACUGGAGCCUGUGACUGCAGCUCUGAAGGCAGAACACGCGCACAAGCUGAAAACGGCCGCUUGA